AUGAAACUUGAUGUGCAGUCAUUAAUGGCUCAAAGUGUAAGAUCGACUAGGUCUUCUUUUAGCUCCACUAAUGGAAAUGAAGAGACUCCUAUGCACCCUUCUGCCUCUUUCUCAAAUGGGGAUGGAUAUGAUAGCGACGGCUCCAAUUUCGCUACGCCUACACCAGCAACCCUCUCAAUGGCUAUUCCGGAAGAACUUGCUGGUGCGAUAGCAUUAAUUGAUAAAUUCCAGGUUGAGGGAUUCUUAAAGUUAAUGCAGAAACAGAUUCAAUCCACUGGGAAACGUGGGUUCUUUUCUAAAAAAUCUGUUGGUCCUCACAUUCGGGAAAAAUUCACAUUUGAGGAUAUGCUGUGUUUCCAAAAGGAUCCCAUACCAACUUCGUUGCUUAAAAUUAACAGUGACCUGGUAAGCCGUGCUACUAAACUAUUCCAGAUAAUUUUGAAGUACAUGGGAGUUGAUUCAUCGGAUCGAGUAGCUCCAGCAAGCUUAGAUGAACGGAUUGAGCUAGUUGGAAAAUUGUUCAAGCAUACACUGAAGCGUGCAGAACUUCGAGAUGAAAUUUUUGCUCAGAUUUCCAAGCAAACAAGGAAUAACCCUGACAGGCAUGCAUAG